CGAGUGAGUUCCUCACCUCGCAAAAGUGAGAAACGAGAAAUAACAAUACAUGACUUAAAAAGAGAUGAAAAUCAACUGUCGAGAGUGAAAAAUAAAAAGUGCAAGCCUCAAGGGAAAUCCAAGUUAAUGUAGUGAAAUUCUGCGAGCAUUUUCGAAUCAAGUGUCAGUGGGGAAAAAAACUCGGCAUUAACCACUCGAUGCCGAUUCCGCCGAUCACAUUCCCUCGAACGAAAGGAUAAAAAUAAUUAUUGCAAAAAAACAACAACCGACCGGUUUACGUAUACCUGAGUUACCUGUCAGUACUGACUUAAAACAAUUAAUAAUACUGGGAGAGGAGAAUUAGGGGACAUUAGCAAUGGCGAUGGGCAAGGGCUUUAGGAUAUAUGAGAAAUUAAAACCACCGAGUCCACAUUCACUCAUUUUGGAGCACAGAAAUCGGAAGGAUACAGUUCUUUUUGAGUCUCAGGCAGUUGCUGUUUUAUCUGCCCAAGAGACAGAGUCUCUGAAGGUUCAGUACACGAAGCUACUUGAUGCCUAUGGAUGCCUGGGGGUUCUCCAGCUCAAUGCUGGAGAAAAUACUCUCCUGUACCUGGUCGUGGUGACUGGGUGCUUCUCCGUGGGGAAGAUCGGGGAGUCGGAGAUAUUCAGAAUCACUCAAACUCAAUUUGUACCUCUGCAUUAUACUCAGGGGAAUGAGGAUCGGGUUUCGGAAGUCAGGAAGGUCCUGAAUUCAGGGACUUUCUAUUUCUCGUGGUCUGCUGGACAGCAGGAGGCAUUGGAUAUUACACUCAGUGUGCAAAGGAGAUACAAAUCAACUAUUACGGAUAAUCGAUUUUUCUGGAAUCGAAUGCUCCAUAUCCAUUUGCUGAGAUUUGGUGUAAACACAACAGAAUGGCUGUUAAAAGCAAUGUGCGGCAGUGUAGAGAUCAGGACAGUCUAUGUUGGUCACAGACAAGCUCGGGCAGUUGUUGUCUCUCGGCUGAGCUGCGAACGGGCUGGCACCAGAUUCAAUGUCAGAGGAACAAACGACGACGGACACGUAGCGAACUUUGUCGAGACGGAACAGAUAAUCUACCUGGACAACGAAGUAACAUCCUUCAUCCAAACCCGAGGCUCAGUCCCGCUCUUCUGGGAGCAGCCGGGGGUCCAAGUGGGCUCCCACAAGGUCAGAAUAUCCCGUGGGUUUGAGGCCUCAGCCCCAGCCUUCGAUCGCCACCUCUCCAUGAUAAAACAACGCUACGGCCAACAAGUGAUCGUCAACCUCCUAGGUUCAAGUUUGAUAGGCAGCAAGGAGGGAGAAGCCAUGCUGAGCCAACAAUUUCAGACUCACCACAGUCGCUCCAACCACAAAGACGUGCCCCACGUGAUCUUUGAUUAUCACCAAGAGUGUCGUGGAGGGAACACCAAGAACCUGUCCAAGCUAAAAGCAAAGGUCGAAAAAUACCUAGACUCUUUCUCCCUAUUCUACGCAGUAGGAGGUGCAGUUCUGAAUGAACAAUCUGGAACCAUCAGAACGAAUUGUCUGGACUGCCUGGACCGCACUAACUGCGUGCAGACCUUCUUCGCCCUAGAGGUCCUCUCCAAGCAGUUGACCCUUCUCAAACUCUUCGAGAAGCAGCAAAUGGUCUCUAGGUUCGAGGAAGUCUUCAGGCAGAUGUGGAUAAACAACGGAAAUGAAGUCAGCAAGAUCUACGCAGGGACUGGGGCCAUUCAGGGUAGCUCGAAACUGAUGGAUGGAGCCAGAUCGGCAGCUAGAACCAUCCAAAACAACCUCCUAGACUCAAACAAGCAGGAAGCCAUCGACAUUCUGCUCCUGGGGUCGACCCUCAACACAGAGUUGGCUGAUCGAGCCAGACUCCUCCUUCCCUCGAACAUGCUGCACGCACCUCCAAGUGUCCUUCGAGAGAUGUGCAAGCGUUACAACGAGUAUGUGAGACCGAUGAAUUUACGUGUGGGAGUGGGAACGUACAACGUGAAUGGGGGGAAACACUUUAGAUCAGUUGUUUAUAAGGAUGUAUCUCUUGCGGACUGGCUCCUGGACGCCCCCAGGAACAAUUCUACGUCUCUGGUGUCUCCGGAGUUUGAUGGAGUACCUGUGGACAUCUUCGCCGUUGGGUUCGAGGAGAUUGUGGACUUGAAUGCGAGCAAUAUCAUGGCUGCCAGCACCGAUAACGCGAAGGCGUGGGCGGAUGAGCUGCAGAAGGUUCUGUCAAGGGAUGAUGAAUAUGUUUUGAUUACUUAUCAACAGCUGGUGGGAGUCUGUCUUUAUUUGUUUAUCCGGCCCCAACAUGCACCUCAUCUACGGGAUGUAGCUGUGGAUUGUGUUAAGACAGGAUUGGGAGGGGCAACCGGAAAUAAAGGAGCUGCUGCAAUCCGCUGUGUACUAUACUCCACCUCUUUCUGCUUCGUUUGUGCCCACUUCGCUGCUGGACAGUCUCAAGUCAACGAACGAAACGCUGAUUACGCAGAGAUCACCAGGAAGCUCGCAUUUCCAAUGGGAAGGACAUUAAAUACCCAUGACUACGUAUUCUGGUGUGGAGAUUUCAACUACCGUGUGGAUAUGGACAAGGAGGAGAUGAGGGAGAUGAUAAGAAGAGGUGAAAUAGAGCAAAUCCUUCAGUACGAUCAGCUGAAGAUUCAGCAGGACCAUGGCAAUGUCUUCAAGAACUUCCAGGAGGGUCCAGUCACCUUCCCCCCAACAUACAAAUACGAUUUAUUCUCCGAUGAUUACGACACCAGUGAGAAAUGCAGACAGCCUGCUUGGACUGAUCGAGUCCUGUGGAAACGACGCAAGCAAAUACCUGAUAUUGAUUCUCCAACAGAUUGGAACCCUGGGAGAUUGAUCUACUAUGGUCGAGCUGAGUUGAAACAGAGUGAUCAUAGGCCUGUGAUAGCAGUAAUCGAUGUUGAUGUUCAUGUUGUUGAUCCGGAUAAACGGGAGGCUGUUUUUAGGGAAGUUAUUCAGGAUCUCGGACCGCCUGAUGGUACCAUCAUAGUCAAAGCUGUUGAGGAGGCUGAUGAUAUUGACAGUGUGUUCGAUGACAACUUCAUGCUCGCUCUUCUGCAGGACUUGUCCCAUAUCGGAGAAGUCAUUCUCGUGAGAUUCGUGGGGGAGACGAUAUGGGUGACCUUCAGGGACGGACAGUGCGCCUUGUCAGCUGCGAGGAAGGGCAUGACCCAGGUCUGUGGACAAACACUUAAGUUGUCCUUGAAGUCUCCUGAUUGGGUCCAGUUGAUUCAGAAGGAGAUCGAGAUCUGUAGUAAUACGACAGUGGCUCAGUAUGACGAGAAUUCGCCCACAAGGAGUGCUCAGAGGCUGGAACGAUUGGAGAUUAAUGAGGAGGCGCACUCUGGGAGAUCCAGUCCCAGUGAUGGACGACCACCCAGACCUGCACCCCCUGCACGUCCUGCCCAGCCACCAAGGUCACCAGCGAGGGAGAGGAAACCUGGACCGAGGGCGGGAGUCAUUAGUGUACUUCCUAAUCAGUUUCCAGUGGGCACUAGUCAGAUUUCGAAUCAGUUUUCGAAUUCUUCGAGUCAAUUUUCAACAUCGAAUCAGUUCUCUGGGGGCUCAAGUCCUUUCAGAGAGGAGAUGAGGGACGACAAGGCUGAGAGGUUGUCUCCAGAGUCAGCGAUUUAUGAGGAAAUUCGGGAGGAGACACCGAGUUAUCCGGUGCCUAAUAGGCCACCACCACCUUUGCCAAGGUCCGCUGGGGAGAGUAAUGAGUCUAAAUCGUCCAGUUCCGUUCCUCCGCCUCUUCCGCAGAGGCAAGCACCUCUACCACCCCCUCAGCAUCCACCGCCUAGUCUGCCGCCCAAUAUGCCACCUCCUGUACCUGCUAGGACGACUGGGGGUCCACCCAUUCCAGCCAGGCAUCCACAGUAAAUUUUUCUGAGGAGUGGGGGAGGGGGGGCGCAGUGAAUAAUUCAGAGGAGUGAGGGAAUGUGACAGGAUAUAUCGAUAUUCGAUAUUUGAUUAUAUGUAACUUUAUUUCGAGAAUAAGCCAUAUAGGGGGAAAAUCUUGGGAGAUAUUUUUGUAGGAAAUUUCUUCAAUUAAAAAUUUCUCUCUUGAGAUUUUUUCUCAAAUCAAUUGCUUUUGAGAUGAAUGGCCAGUUGUGGGAUAAAGUGGUAAAAUGAAGUAUGUUGGAGUGGAUAUUUGAGAAUGUAAGAGAGAUAGGGAAAUUUCUAUGCACUUUUUUUUUCACAGUGCGGAACGAAAACUACGCAAAAAGAAAUUCAUGGAAAUUUCGCUAUAUUUCGUGAGUAUAAAGAUAUUAUGUACGAAAAUAUUUUAGAGAAAAAUCUAGCACAUUCACUAGGAAAUUCUAUUGAAUUUCCGUAUAAAAUAGUGUAUUUUUAGCUGAAAUGUAAUACAACAUUAUGAAAGUAUUGCAAAAUA